UCUUCUUUUCUUUCUUGUACUGAAUUCAAUCGAGUCCAAUACUUUUCUCCAUUCUCAAGCUUUUCUUUCAGUUUCUCACACACGCACACACUCUCUAGUCUCUCUGUUUCAAUUACCAAGAAAAUAAAGAAACGGAUGGUUGUUGUUUCAAGAGCGUGGAGCUUCAACGUUUCGAUUCGUUUGGUUAUGGUUCCUUCUUCGAUCGGCGAUUAAUCCUCUCACUCUCACUCGUUCCAAUUCCAAUGGCUUUCAACUCUUCGCUUCGUCUUCCUUCCUCUUCUCAAUAUUACUCACACUUUUGCUCUGUUAGGUUCAAAUACAGCAAGCUUCACAAUGUUCAUAGCCAAAUAGAUUUGGUGACAACCAAAAAGAGAAAAUGUUGUAUUAAGUCAAUACUGAAUGAUAAUAGGCCAAGCAUCAACGACUAUGGAGCUGCUAAAUCUGCAAGGCUGCUCCUUGAAAAGCUGUUUGAGCAAGCACAGAAGCUGGAACAUCAGAUGGCAACUGGGGCCACAGGCGAGUCUUAUGAUGGUGAAGAUGCUCAGCUAGCUUACAAUCUUAGCAUGCUUGAGUCGGAUCUUCAGGCUGCACUCAGGGAAUUGAUAAGGAAGGAAGAGCAUCUGAUGGAGGUAGAGAGGACGGUUAUUUUGGAGAGCACUGAGUUGAAGCACACAAAGGAAGAGUUGGAGCAACAGGAGAGGGAAAUUGCGGCUGCUCGCACCAAGUAUGAGAAGCUGGAAGAGGAGAUGAAGGAAGCUAAGACUAACUUGGUUUCUCAAGCAGGUCAGAUGGAGGUACUGAAGCUCCUUCUCAGGGAGCGUGAUCAAGAGGUUGCUACCAUGAAGAGGGCACUGUCCUUGAAGGAGGCAGAAGUGGAGCAAAUGAAGAUUGACGUGGUGAAGAAGAGUGAAGAAGCAGCACUUAUUGAUGCUGAGCUUAAACAGAAAGCUCAACUUUUGAUUGAAACAAAUGAGGUUAUGAACAAACAAAAAAUUGAGCUUCAAGAACUCCAGAAGGCUGUCCAUGUAAAAGAACAGGAACUUGAGGUUUCGCUGACUCAGAGGAAGUUCGAAGAAGAAAAACUGAAGUCUGCCGAGGCUACCUUGGAGCAGCAGGCAAUGGAAUGGUUGUUGGCACAGGAGGAACUUAAGCGGUUGGGAGAGGAUGCUUCUAGACACGUGCAGGAGAGUAAUGAGACUCUGGAAGAUUUCAGAAGGAAGGGAAAAUGUCAUGUCAUACAUGGCAAGUUUGAACGAUGCUCAAGUAGAAGUGGAAGGUGA